AACCUGACUUGUUGCUUUGUGUACAACGACUCCCAUCGUUAGGGCGGAGAGACAUGUAUUUUGUUAGUAUAUCUAUAAUCGUUGGUGAUUCAUCGUAUGUCACCAUUCACCUGUACAGUAGGCCUAAUUUGAAUUUGGAAUGGAUGAAAACCUGAAGUUGGUCAACACCUUACACAAGGCACCUCUGAGCAUGCGUAGUUACACAGUUUGAUCACUUCCUAUCUUGCUGCUGUCGGCUUCCUCCUCUCCCGGUCAAAAUUUUGGAUAUUUCAAACACAAACAGACUAGCUGUAUUUUUCUGAAUAUUCUCUUCACUGAUGAAGAAUGGCGGAUAGUUUUGGAAAGAUCAUCGUUGGCGUAUAUGUUGAAAUAAAGAGAAGCGAUGGACGAAUACACCAAGCCAUGGUCACAUCGUUGAAUGAAGACAAUGAGAGCGUCACCGUGGAGUGGAUAGAAAAUGGAGACACAAAAGGGAAAGAGAUUGACUUGGAGAGUAUAUUUGCACUAAACCCAGACGUGGCCCCAGAAGAGGAGACUGCCCCCAGCCCAGAGACCCCGCCUCCACCAACACCGACCUCUGUGAAGGUCAACAAGAUCCCCAAGAACCGACGAACAAUAGCACCCACUAAGAAUGACACUCCGUCCAGGGAUAACAGAGUGGUGUCGACCAGGGCCAGACCAGCUCAGCCCCAGCAACUAGAGCCUGCUCCCCCUCCCCCUGUCCAGCAGCCAGCCCAGCCCACCCAGGCCCAGACAGCCCAACAGCUAGCUAACGCGAGGAGGAAGUCCAACUGUGUGAAGGAAGUGGAGAAACUGCAGGAGAAGAGGGAGAGACGACGGAUACAACAACAGGAGCUGAGAGAGAAGAAAGCACAGGAGGUGGACACCACCGUCCCGAACUAUGAGAUCCUGUAUAUGAUCAGAGACUUCCGUGCCAGCCUGGACUACCGGCCGCUGUCCACCGCAGACCUGAUUGAAGAGCACAGAAUAUGUGUUUGUGUGAGGAAACGUCCACUCAACAAGAAAGAGCUGACCAUACGGGACCUGGAUGUGAUCACCAUCCCCAGUAAGGAUGUGGUGAUGGUCCAUGAGCCCAAGCAGAAGGUGGACCUGACACGCUACCUGGAGAACCAGACCUUCCGCUUCGACUACGCUUUCGAUGACAGCACCACCAAUGAAAUGGUUUACAGGUUUACUGCCAGGCCCCUGGUGGAGACUAUCUUUGAGAAGGGCAUGGCCACGUGCUUCGCCUAUGGACAGACUGGUAGUGGCAAAACACAUACUAUGGGUGGAGAUUUUUCUGGAAAGAACCAGGAUUGUUCUAAAGGAAUUUACGCAUUAGCAGCUCGGGAUGUGUUUGUCAUGUUGAAGAAACCCUGUUACAGGAAGUUAGAACUUCAGGUGUACGCAACUUUCUUUGAAAUCUACAGUGGAAAGGUGUUUGACCUGCUGAACGGUAAGGCUAAGCUCCGGGUGUUGGAGGAUGGGAAGCAGCAGGUGCAGGUGGUGGGGCUGCAUGAGAGAGACGUCAAAUGCACAGAGGACGUCCUCAAACUCAUAGAAGUGGGCAACAGCUGCAGAACGUCAGGUCAGACUUCGGCCAACGCCCACUCGUCCCGUAGCCAUGCAGUGUUCCAGAUCAUUCUAAGGAGGAAGGGGAAAAUGCACGGCAAGUUCUCCCUGAUCGACUUGGCGGGGAAUGAGAGGGGUGCCGACACGUCCAGCGCUGACCGCCAGACACGCCUGGAGGGAGCCGAGAUCAACAAGAGCCUGCUGGCACUAAAGGAGUGCAUCAGGGCGCUGGGGCGGAACAAACCUCACACUCCGUUCAGGGCCAGCAAGCUCACCCAGGUCCUCCGAGACUCCUUCAUAGGGGAGAACUCCCGCACAUGCAUGAUAGCAACUAUCUCUCCUGGUAUGACGUCCUGUGAGAACACCCUCAACACGCUACGCUACGCUAACAGAGUAAAGGAGUUUGGGAUCAGUCCCUCAGACAUCCCCUUCUCACAGGGCGGUGGAAGUCGCUCGGAGCUCUCGGAGCUCUCGGAGCUCUCGCCCACCUAUGAGUAUGAUGACUUUGCUACCUCUCCCAGCAGAGUGAAGGAGCUGACGGUGGACACUAAUCAGGUGAUAGAGGGGGUCCGGCCCAACAUCCAUGUGGUGGACCAGCUGGAUGAUGACUGGGACCACCUGGGAAGCUCCCCCCAGAGAGAUGACCUCAAACUGCUCUGUGAGCAGAACCUGGAGGAGGUGUCCCCCCAGCUCUUAACCUUCCAUGAGGCUGUCUCUCAGAUGGUGGAGAUGGAGGAACAGGUGCUGGAGGACCACAGAGCUGUCUUCCAGGAGUCUAUCCGGUGGCUGGAGGAUGAGAAGGUUCUGCUGGAGAUGACUGAGGAAGUGGACUAUGAUGUGGACUCUUACGCCACUCAGCUGGAGCAGAUCCUGGAUCAGAAGAUUGACAUCCUCACGGAGCUCAGAGAUAAAGUCAAGUCGUUCCGCUCGUCACUCCAGGAAGAAGAACAAGCCAGUAAGCAGAUCAAUCCUAAGAGGCCGCGUGCCCUGCUGUAGACCAGGCCAGGGAGGGGUGUGUGGAGGGGCAGUAGCACAUACAGGAACAUAUACACUAGAUGCACUAUAUAUACAAAAGUAAUGACACCCCUUCAAAUUAGUGGAUUUGUGGACUUACUGAAGAGCUCAAUGACUUUCAAUGUGGCAUCGUCAUAGGAUGCCACCUUUUCCAACAAGUCAGUUUGUUAAAUUUCUACCCUGCUAGAGCUGCCCCGGUCAACUGUAAGUGCUGUUCUUGUGAAGCAUUUAAAAGCAACAACGGCUCAGCCGCCAAGUGGUAGGCCACAAGCUCACAGAACAGACCCGCUGAGUGCUGAAGCGUGUAAAAAAUCAUCUGUCCUCUGUUGCAACACUCGCUACCGAGUUCCAAACGACCUCUGGAAGCAACGUCAGUAAUAGAACUGUUCGUCGGGAGCUUCAUGAAAUGGGUUUCCAUGGCCGAGCAGCCGCACGCACACAAGCCUAAGAUCAUACUCUGGAGUAUUGGAAACGUGUUCUCUGGAGUGAUGAAUCACUCUUCACCAUCUGGCAGUCUGACGAACGUAAAUGGUUUGCCGGAUGCCAGGUGAACGUUACCUGCCCCAAUGCAUAGUGCCAACAGUAAAGUUUGGAGGUGGAAUAAUGGUUUGGGGCUGUUUUUAGUGGUUCCGGCGAGGCCCCUUAGUUCCAGUGAAUUUUAACGCUACAGCAAACAAUGAUAUUUUAUACGAUUCUGUGCUUCCAACUUUGUGGCAACAGUUUGGGGAAGGCCCUUUCCUGUUUCAGCAUGACAAAGGGGGACCAACUCCAUGUUAAUGCCCAUGAUUUUAGAAUGAGAUGUUUGACGAUCAGGUGUCCACAUACUUUUUGCAUUGUAGUGUACUUAACACAGCUGUCUCACCCUGUCACAACCGCCUGUGAAAAGACAAAGGAAAGGACUCAUUUGUUUUCCAAAUCAGGGUCACGGAUGCCACCAGAAACAACUGGAGGGGAAUGCAACCUGGGAUCCCUUUUUUUUCCUGAUUUAAAAUGUUCUGUUUUUUUCCUGUUCUAUUUUAUUUAUUUACUUAUCUUUUUUCCCGUAUUUCUUUCAAUUGAACGGCCGUUGACUUUGCUUCAUCAUAGACCUCUCCAUGUUGGUUGUGCUUUAGGGUUCUACGAUACCAGUGUUUUGGAUUCUGGUGUGUGCCACUCUGUUUGUUGGCCUCCAUCAUGCAUGUGGCUGGGUCACUCCUCAGUUAACACUCUACAGCAUAUAGAUGUUACUCUGUAGGACCAGUCUUUCUCUUGCUCCUCUGAAAUUGAGAGGUGUCAAAUCAAGCUGUGCUUCUCAUGUUGUCUUUCCUCCCUCUUGUAUCCAUGUUUUUUCCUCAAAGAACAGUCUAGUUUGAUUCAGUUGUGUUCAUGUUUUGUGGCGACCCCAGUUAAUUUGUUACCCCUUUUACUUUUAUACUGUGAAGUCAUUUUUCACUCACUUUGUAAAAAAAUAAAAAUAAAACCACUAACAAAUGUAUAGUAAAAACCACUGACCUACUGCUGCAUAUGUUACUCAGUGUUUGCACCAGAUGUAACAUUGGCUCAAUAAAGAACCACCUGUUUUGAUUUGAA